GAGACAGACGCAGACAUGCUGACGCGGAUGUUCAAUCUCACGCUCGAGCAGCACACCUACAUCCGCCGCCUCGCCAACCUCACCGACCGCGAGAUCAUGAAGCUGCGCGUGCAGGACACGCUGCCGGGUGUGCGCUGUACGGUCCUCGAUACCCAGGCCGCGCUUGCGGAACUGGAUCAAAUCAUGAUACUCGUAGCGCGGCGGUUCAAUCGCCCCGCCACACGCUUCGAGAACGGGAGAGAUCCGGUUCAUAGACGACGUCUGUAUCCGACGCCGACACCAUCGUCGGGGCCGCUAUCAGAGCGGGCGCCGCGUGAUGCGUGGCUCGCCAGGACGAAGGAGGCAGACAAGCUUUACCACAUUCUCGCGACUUGGAUGCGGCGGUUUGGGGGGCUCGCGGGCGCGCAAGAGGGCUUUGGGGAGGUGAAGUUUGGGAAGCCGAUCGUGGAGGUGGCGCAGACGCUGUUUCGGACCGUGAGGAACGUGAUGGGUGACCAGAUUGCUGUUAGCGCGGGGCUGUGGUGGAAGUACGUUCGGCGGGUGCUGCUGUAUUAGUUUGCGUGGCAUUGUUGCCUGCAGGAGAUACGGAGGGUGCUUGGUGACACGGGGGAUUUGGAUCUUGAUUUUUUGUUUGAGAUGGGUGGGUAGGUGGGAGAGAGUGCUCUGGUGGCUUGCGGGAUGGUGGUUUUGAUAGA